AUGGGGCAGCGAUCAUCCAGACGCAGUGUGGGAGCACCCAGCGCCUCCUCACACGGCCACUUCUCUGUCAGCGAGGAGGCUCUACCCCAAUACUCCCGUCACCAUGGAGAUGACCUUGGCAGCAACACCCCAAACACCCAUUCCAGCAGCAGCUGCAGCGACGGCCAUGUUCUGCCUGCUGUGGUCACUGUAGAAACGGAGACGGUGGACAGCGCCCCUGAGCGGCGGGACAUACGGCGGCCGUCCCUCUACAGCACCAUCGACGCCGUGCCGCAGCUCGACUUCUAUGCCAAUGCCACGGCAACCGGCCGGCACAGACGCAGCCGACCGUCCCUGGAGAUCCUGCGCAAGGCACUGGAUGGCGAGGGCGAGGGUGAGGGUGAGAGUGAGAGUGAGAGUGAGGGUGAGAGUGAGAGUGAGAGUGAGAGUGAGGGUGAGAGUGAGAAGACAAAGGCCAAGCCACCUGUGCGCUUUGGAUGGGUCACAGGCGUCAUGAUCCGCUGCAUGCUGAACAUUUGGGGAGUCAUUCUGUUUCUGCGUUUGUCCUGGAUCACCUCUCAGGCUGGCAUCAUCCUCACCUGGGUCAUCAUCCUCAUGUCUGUCGUCGUCACCUCGGUGACUGCACUGUCUGUCUCUGCCAUUGCAACCAAUGGGAAGGUGUCCUCAGGGGGUGCCUACUUCAUGAUCUCUCGCACCCUGGGCCCUGAGAUGGGGGGUCCCAUUGGUGUGGUUUUCUCCUUCGCUAAUGCCCUUGCCUGUGCCUUGAACACAGUAGGGUUUGCCGAAACUGUCCGGGACCUUCUCAGGGAGCAUGGUGUAGUUAUUGUUGACCCAAUCAAUGACGUGCGAAUUGUGGGUGUGGCCACAAUCACACUGCUUCUACUCAUCUCAUUGGCUGGUAUGGAGUGGGAAGCCAAGACGCAGAUCCUGUUCUUCCUCAUCCUCAUCAUCUCCUUCACAAACUACUUCGUGGGCACAGUCAUUCCUGCCCCCCCGCAAAAGCAGGCCAUGGGCUUCUUCAGCUACCGCAGUGAAAUCUUCCUCACUAACCUGAUGCCGGACUGGAGGGGUCCAGAGGGAAACUUCUUCCAGAUGUUUGCCAUAUUCUUCCCCUCAGCCAUCGGCAUCCUGUCCGGCGCCAACAUCUCUGGGGAUCUGAAGGACCCUGAGACAGCGAUUCCUAAGGGCACUCUGAUGGCCAUAUUCUGGACCACAGUCAGCUACCUGGGAAUUUCAGCCACUGUUGGUGCGUCUGUGGUGAGGGAUGCCUCUGGACAGGUGAACGACAGUGUGGGUUUAAACUCUUCAGGUGUGUGUGAGGGCGUGGCCUGCAGUCUGGGCUGGAACUUCACGCAGUGUGAGGAAACGCAAACCUGCAGUUUCGGACUGUCCAACAGCUUCCAGGUGCUCAGCAUGGUGUCUGGAUUCGGGCCUCUCAUCACUGCUGGGAUAUUCGCUGCCAGCCUGUCCUCAGCCCUCGCCUUCCUGGUCUCUGCACCCAAGGUCUUCCAGUGUUUGUGCAGGGAUAAUAUCUACCCCUACAUUGGCUUCUUCGCUAAAGGUUACGGGAGGAAUGACGAGCCCCUGCGAGCCUACAUUCUCACCUACUUCAUCGCUGUGGCCUUCAUCCUUAUCGCUGAGCUGAACGCCAUCGCUCCCCUCAUCUCCAACUUCUUCCUCUGCUCCUACGCCCUCAUCAACUUCAGUUGCUUCCACGCCUCCAUCACCAACUCGCCAGGCUGGAGGCCCUCGUUCCGGUAUUACAGCCGCUGGAUUGCCCUGUUCGGUGCCGUGAUCUCCGUUGUGCUGAUGUUCCUGCUCACCUGGUGGGCAGCUCUGGUCACCUUCAGCAUCAUCCUCUUCCUCCUGGGAUACGUGUCCUACAAGAAACCAGAGGUGAACUGGGGCUCGUCAGUGCAGGCGGGCACCUACAACAUAGCUCUGUCCUACUCCGUCUCUCUGUCCGGGGUGGAGGACCAUGUCAAGAACUUCAGGCCUCAGUGUCUUGUCCUGACUGGCCCCCCAAAUUUGCGUCCAGCUCUGGUGGACUUUGUGGGCUCCUUCACCAAGAAUAUCAGCCUCAUGAUCUGUGGGGACAUUCUGAUGGAGGAUGAUAAAAGCCUGGUGCCGCAGCGCAGCGUGGAGGGGCAGGUGAAGUGGCUGAACCGCCGGAAAGUGCGAUCCUUCUACACCCCCAUCACAGGGGACUGCCUCAGAGACGGAGCCCGUAACCUGCUGCAGGCCACAGGUCUGGGCAAACUGAAGCCAAACACCCUCAUCAUGGGAUUCAAGACCAACUGGCAGGAGUGCUCCCCCUACAGCAUGGAGGACUACAUCGCCACCAUAAAUGACACAUUUGACUCCAAUUACGGUGUGUGUUUGCUGAGAAUGAUGGACGGGCUGGACAUCUCGGAGGAGAUUGAUGGAGAAGUGAACCAAGCCUUUGAGACAGAGGAUACCAUGGAUCCAGAGCAGGGAACCCCAGACAGAGCCUCAGACGAUGGGCACUCAGACUUCCUGCCAGCUGAACAGGUCCGCACUGUGUUCCAGAGCAAGCAAGGGAAGAAGACCAUCGACGUGUACUGGAUCUCUGAUGAUGGGGGGCUGACGCUAUUGGUCCCUUAUCUGUUGACUCGGCGGAAGCGCUGGAGGCAGAGUAAGGUGCGUGUCUUCAUCGUGGGAAAUCAGCACAGCAUGGAGCAGGACCGCAGAGAGAUGAUUUUGCUGCUUCAGAAGUUUCGUCUGGAUAUCCAUGAUGUCAUUGUUAUGACGGACAGCGAGCGACCCCCCCAUUCCAAAAACCUGAAGCGCUUUGAGGACAUUAUCGCCCCCUUCAGGCUGAAGGAUGGACUGCAGGGAGAGGCUGCAGUGCAGGAGCUGAAGAGAGACUGCCCAUGGAAAGUGUCUGACAAGGAGCUGGAAGCCCUCAAACUGAAGUCGGAGAGGAAGGUGAGACUGAAUGAAAUCAUUCGCAAGAACUCCAAGCAUGCAGCCCUGGUGUUAGUGAGCUUGCCGGUGCCUCAGACGGACUGCCCCAGUGGCCUCUACAUGGCCUGGCUGGACACGCUGACCUGUGGGCUGCACUGCCCGGCCCUGCUCAUUCGCGGGAACCAGCAGAACGUACUGACCUUUUACUGCCAGUGA